GUCAGAGGAGCUAGAUCACUGAAAUCAAAAUGGAUCUACAUCAGCACCGCCUACAGCGCCACGUUUAAUUCUAUCCUUACUGAUAUUGAAGUUGAUGCCAGCUGUAGCGAGAUGGUGGCCUCGACGAGGUCUCUUAGCAUCAAUUUACCCCGCGCGGAAUGUCCAACUGGCUUUCGGUGAGGAAUGCCGCGAGUUAGAACCCUCUUGACGUCGAAUCAGUUGUUGGCAUGCGUCGCCGUGUUGGUUUCGGCCCAAUUUAAUCAAGACAUAGAGGGUGGUUCGCCACCGAAGGGUUUACCAGCACCCUUGCGAUCAGCGCGCUUCCAAAGAUUGCCAUCUGCUAGACCAGCUAUUCCAACGCAGGCUGCGCUUGCGAAUCAAAGACUUACCGGUCCACGACGACCCAUCGGAACUGGUCCAGGGCCCCUGGCACCAUUCAAACCCCUACGACCUAACUCCCCCAAUCUGCCAACUGGACCAGCACAAAAUCUCCCUCAGCAUAUUAAGCCAGUGAACGAAGAACCAGACGAGGAUGCACGAAACCGAGAAUCUCAACGCGAGCAAGACGAUGAUUCGGAAUUGAGCGAGGAGCAAUCGGAAAGUCAAGAAGAUAGCGAAGAAAACGUGCCACGUGCCAUAGCGAAUCUAGGGGCAGUAUCCAGAAGUUCCGCUGGUCCAUCAGCUCAAUCACCUCCAGUACAAUAUCGUCCUCCACUUCAAACAGCUUCACCAUCAACUGGCAGAGGAGGUGGAGUAUCAGCCACCCCGGCUCCACAACCUGUUCAGUACAGACCACCUCCAAAAGCGAACAAACCCAGGAAACCGAUAGAGGAACCGUUCAAACAACAAGUUAAGGCACCUCCUACGAAACCUGUGAAAACAUCACAACCUUUCGAUGGUCGUGGAAAGAAGCCAGUUGCACAGAUUAUCAGACGGUAUCGUAACGAUAAUCCGGAUGGCUCAAUCACCUGGGGCUUCGAGAACGAUGAUGGAUCUUACAAAGAAGAACUAAUUGGCAUCGAUUGCAUCACUAGGGGUAAAUAUGGUUACAUAGAUCCGGAUGGUAUUCGACGCGAAUACACUUACGAAACUGGCAUCAAAUGCGACGAGGAACAACGCGAAGAAGAUGAAGAAAACGGGUUUGUUGAUUAUCAAGAAAACAAAUUAGUACUCCCCGACGGCAAAACCAUUGAUCUUUCUAGUAUGGGUAAGAAACAGGGCCGCAGGCCUAAAUACGUUCACAGAAAUUAAAGAAACUUUCAAUUUAAUAUUUUCUUCGUUUGAAGAGA